AUGGAUAAUAUUCGAAAGCAAUUUCCAGAAUUAGCUAAUAUUGGUAAAAGAAUUUGGAAUAAAGUUUAUGAAGAAACUCAUUUGUAUCAUCUCACUGCUACCUACAUUCUUCUUGAUCUACAGCAAUCCUAUGAAGCUUGUUGGCGAAUUCAUAUGACAAAACGAUGUGCUCAAAUGUUACUCAAAUACGAAUCGAAGACGAUCACUGAACUUUAUGAAACGGGAAUGCUCGGCCACAGCGUAUAUUCACAUAUAUUGGAAUUAAUCGAAAAGAAAUCGUUGAAACUGGAAUUUUAUCGUGUCUCUAUGGUUCACGGUCAUUUGAAAGCUAUUGAAAAUCCUUUUGACUUAUUGCCACUCUUUCAAUCAUUACCUAAUCAUGAAAAAACACGUUGGCAAACGAUUAUGAAAGCAAAACAUCGAUGGUUUCAACCCGAUCAAAUUCUUCUUGAAAAAGGUCAAAGAGUAUCGACUGCCUAUCUUAUCACUCGAGGCAUUGUUGAAUGUAAAAUAGAUGCAAUGCCCAUAUAUUACCGAUUAGGCAAUAUUAUCGGUAUCGAUGCCUUAUUUUCACAAGAUUUUCUAGCACAUGAUACUUAUCGUGUCAGUAGCGGACUUUUGGAAGCUUAUUGUAUCGAUGGUAUAUUAAUGAAUCAAUUUUUAAAAGAUGAAACUUUAGCUCCUUCGAUCUAUCGAGAAAUUGCUCUACAUGUCUUGAGUAAUAAUUAUCAGACACGUUUGAAAUUGAAUCGUUUACAGCUACGAUUACUUGUGCACAAGAGAGCGAAAUUCUAUUGGAAUGAAUCGGAUAUAUCGAUUCAAUUGAAAGAGAAUCAACGACUAUUUAUUCUUGCUGGCUAUGUUACUCAUUUGUUCAAUGGUCAAACCAAUAAAUACGAGUCAAUUCAACUGCAAAUCUUUGAUAACGAAGUCGAAAUUGUUCUUAAUUCGUCGACUGUAGCCUAUUCAUGGAUGGACGAAGAUGAGGAAUUUUCUAUCAAAGAUACUAAUCUUACCGUUCAUUUUCCAUUGCAAACCUAUGAUUUGACUUUGCAAAAAUAG